AUGGCUGAGACCGAUUACAAGUUCGAGGGCUGGAUGGGGCUGGACUCCAGCUCCGUCGAGGGCAAGAUGGUCUGGCAAGAAUUCCAGCCCAAGACCUGGGAGGAGACCGAUAUCGACAUUAAAAUUUCCCACUGUGGUAUCUGUGGUUCUGAUUUGCACACCUUGCGCAGUGGCUGGAGACCCAGUCUUUAUCCAGUGUGCGUUGGCCAUGAGAUCGUUGGAACGGCAGUUCGCGUGGGAUCUAAAGUAACCAACGGGAUCAAGGUCGGUGACCGAGUCGGUGUUGGCGCGCAGAGUGACUCUUGCCUGGGCCGCCAGGGCGACUGCGAAGAAUGUGCGAUGGGAUGGGAGCAGUACUGUGGCAAGGGCAUCACCGGCACGUACAACAGCAAGUACCACAAUGGCGACAAGUCCUACGGUGGUUAUGCGACCUAUAACCGGGUGCCCUCUCACUUUGCCAUCAAGAUCCCCGACAGCAUCCCGUCGGCUGCCGCGGCACCCAUGUUGUGUGGUGGUGUGACUCUGUAUAGCCCGCUGAAGCACAACAACUGUGGUCCAGGCAAGCGCGUCGGCAUUAUCGGUGUCGGUGGUCUCGGCCACUUUGGUGUCCUGUUUGCCAAGGCCAUGGGAGCCGACAAGGUCGUGGCCAUCUCUCGCAAGACCGCCAAGAGCGAGGAUGCGAUCAAGAUGGGUGCGGAUCUGUACAUUGCCACAGACGACGAGCCUGACUGGGCCACCAAGCACGCUCGCUCCUUGGACUUGAUUGUGUGCACGGUUUCUUCCUCCAAGAUGCCAAUGGCCGAGUAUCUGGGUCUGCUGCGCACCAACGGUACUCUGGUGCAGGUUGGCCUGCCUGACGACGGAACCCUCUACGCACCUGUCCGCAAUCUGAUUCGCCGACUCAAGGUGGAGAGCUCCAUGGUCGGUAGCCCUGGCGAGAUUCGGGAGAUGUUCGAGCUGGUCGCUGAAAAGAGCAUUCAACCCUGGAUCGAGGAGGUAUCUAUGAAGGAAGCCAACAAGGCCAUUGUGGAUAUGGAGGAUGGCAAGGCCCGCUACCGCUACGUCUUGGUCAAUCAGUGA